AUGAAUUGGUCUGCAUUGGAGGUCCUCCUGAGCGGAGUCAACAAAUACUCAACAGCGUUCGGCCGUGUCUGGCUGUCCAUAGUCUUCGUCUUCCGGGUGUUGGUGUUCGUAGUGGCGGCUCAGCGAGUGUGGGGCGACGAAAGCAAGGACUUUGUGUGUAACACUGCCCAGCCCGGCUGCACCAAUGUUUGCUAUGACGCCGUCUUCCCCAUCUCCCACAUUCGCUUAUGGGCCCUGCAGCUCAUCUUUGUCACAUGUCCAUCUUUGAUGGUGACAUGUCACGUAAAAUACCGGGAAAAGAAAGACCAGACAUACAGCACCUCACACAAGGGGGCUCAUCUAUACGCCAACCCAGGGAAGAAACGCGGAGGUCUGUGGUGGACGUACUUGGUCAGCCUGAUUUUUAAGGCAGCCUUUGACGCUGGCUUUCUCUACAUCCUGCACUUUAUAUAUCCUGGCUUCGACCUGCCCCGCAUGUCCAAGUGCGACCUGGAACCCUGUCCAAACACAGUGGACUGCUUCAUCUCACGGCCUACAGAGAAAAAAAUCUUCACUCUCUUCAUGGUGGUCUCUUCAAUUAUCUGUAUUAUAAUGUGCAUCUGUGAAAUGAUUUACUUUGUCUGCAAGCGUAUCCUGAAACACAAUAGAAGAAAAAAUGAUAUGAUGAGGCAGGUAUUCGCCGACAAACACGAAAUGACACAGCUGGUGGCCCGCAGGUCCGAGUUCAGGUCCAAAAAUUCGAUCCGUGUGGAUCCCACUGCCUCUAUCAACAACCUCAAUAAUACGACAGUGGAGGAAGGGGGCAAAGAAACUAAAAAUGAUUCACAACGUGAAAACGGCAUUGUGGAGCACAUUUGA